AUGGAGAAGACGAAGUCGGAGAUUGUGGGCAGCACGGCGAUACCGCAGCGGCCGUCCGAUUUCAUUUCAAGCAGUCACUACGGGGCCCCACCAAAUCUCACGUGUGCUAAUGUCAUGACUGUCUUCUACACGGAGACCAAUUCCCCAUUGCUUUGCUCCGCCGUCGCUUGCCGUUUUACGACGAGUUCAGCUCCGUCAAUCUUCUCGAAUGUUCAGGUGCAAAAGCUACUCAAGAAGAAGAACAACAGGGAAGCUUGUAUAGAUUUGAUGACACCAUCCCCAUUAGUUCCUGAGGAAAGAACCAAUCAAGAAGAAGCUGCUAAGCUCUUGUUAUGUACUACUUUUUAUUGGUUCUCGUUAUUUGUCGUGGUUGGUCUAAUAAACUUUAGAAGGUUCCAAGAAGUUAGGAGACGCAGCGAGGAUUUCGUUAACUAA